UGUAGUGACAGUCACGAGUUUCAGCCUCGGGCAAGCUAGUGAAGUCCGACGAUGGCAGCACUUUUUUAUGCGAUUGCUUUGUGUCUUCUGUCUCAUUCGUUUGGAAAGUCUCUGGAUGUGAAUUCACCUCCAAAGUGGUCCAAUGUUUACACUGUGUCCGGAGUGCUUACGUUGCCGUAUGCUGAAAUUGUCGAACCGUUCCAAGUCUGGUUUGACGGCCAAAAUGGCAGAAGCAGGAUUGAUUAUUACGCAGGACUGGAUAAAACCUUCCAACGAGCUGAUGUAAAACCAUAUGGAGCAAGUUACAGGAUUUGUCCAGAAACCACUGAGACCCAGUUAAAUGUAAUGAGCUGCUUUGAAGUGAAUGGAACUAAAGAUGCUCCUGUUGCAAUACAGACAGUUUUACCUGACCUGACUAACUUUGAGUUUGCUGGUUUUGAUCAGGAUUGCAGAGAAGGCAACUGCUCAGUUUGGACUUACGUUAUGACAGAACAGCACAAAGUGAACACAUACACCAUGUAUGCAUCUGUGACUGAAACUCCAGACCCUGUCCACUAUGAAAUGCUUGGUUACGACACACUGCUGGGUUCACACUAUGAUAAAUAUGAAAUUGAUUAUGCAGACUACUCUCCUCAGAUGCCACCUCCUGACAUAUUUGACAUCAAAGAAAUGACUUGUAAAGGUUUCCCAGGACCAGGAGUUAUGUCCAGUCUGUUAACAAAUCCAAUGCAAGAGUUUCUUGAACCUCAUGGCCAGGAAAAAGUUCAUGAGCUGUUUGAACACUUCCUCAUUAAACAUCCUAAACAAUAUGCCAACAUGGUGGACAAGAAGGAACAUAACCAACGCAGAGAUAUCUUCAGGCAAAAUUUGAGGUAUGAAGUCUUUUAAACAUGGAAAGACCUUUUUGGGGCUGUUGGGAGCAGGUUUUUGGUUUUAUCCAGUUGCAAACAUUUUUAGACCUUUACAAUGUCCCUACUUAUAGGAGGUCAUUGGCUCAAAUGCCAUUG